ACUCUUGCAUAAUGUUGCACUUUUGUUCAAUAAAAUAUGAUGGUAGUAAAUAGUUACUAUUUUAAAUAUGCCUAUAAAUUAUCAUGGAACCGUAUCAUGUAAUAUCGCGGUUUCCUAUCAAACAAGUCGAAGUUGGCGGUAUUUGAUAACUAAGCGCAAAAUUUCUGUUAUAAAUCUUAUAAAAAAUGCCAGAAAACCUAAAUGGAGACCAUGUUGAUGUAAAAGCUGUUAAUUGUGAAACUCAAAACAAUGAAGAAGACAAUAACGAAGAAGAAGUACAUUUUGAACCGAUAGUUUCUUUGCCAUUAAUAGAAGUAUCCAAUAAUGAAGAGGAUGAGGUUGAAAUGAUAAAAAUGCGAGCAAAGCUGUAUCGCUAUGAUUCUUCUAGUAAUCCUGCAGAAUGGAAGGAACGUGGAACAGGAGAAGUAAAAUUAUUAAGACACAAAAUAAAGAAUACAGUGAGAGUUGUAAUGCGUAGAGAUAAAACACUUAAAAUUUGUGCUAAUCAUUUCGUGACUCCUUGGAUGGAAUUGAAACCAAAUUGUGGAAGUGACAGAGCAUGGGUAUGGAGCGUACUUGCUGAUUAUGCAGAUGAACAACUUAAACCAGAAUUACUUGCUAUACGAUUUGCAAAUGCAGAAAAUGCAACUGUUUGGAAAGAAGCAUUUGAAAAGGCAAAGAAGAUAGUAGGAUCUGAAUGUGAAAUAUAUGCUGGUAAAAAUAAUACGGAAGAAAAACAUGUUGAGAGUGAUAGUGAACCUUCUAGUGAUGUAAGUUAUAGUGAAAGUACUGACAAUGAAGAACAGGCUAAAAAGUCAAUAGGAGAUUCAAAGGUUGAAAAUAAUGAUAUUGAAACAAUAGAAGAUUCUGAUAAAAAAACCAAAGAUGGGGAAAGCGUGGACCAAGUAUCAAAAGAAUUUGAACAAUUACAAGUUAAGGAGCUUGAGAAAAGCAAGUAAAAGGCUAUGUGUUGGUGCAUAAAAGGUGUUGAUUAUAAGUGCACAUUCCAACGUAAACAUAAAUGCAUGCAUAUGCUUAAAUGUUUGAUCAUUGAAUUUAAUGUAGAAAGAUAUUUUAGCAAUAACAGGAUUAGAUGAAUGAAAUACAUUUUCAAUUUACAAAUAAGAUAAUGUUUAUAUAAAAGUUGGGUUGUUUGUGAUUUUUAAAUGGAAAAUUUUAACAUAUACGCUAUUAUAAAGCAAACAUUAAAUUCAAUGAAAAUAAGAAAUUAAUCGAUAAAUUAGUAGUUUAAUUUCAAAUACUUGAGUUUAUUCGACUAUAAUCUUAUUAAAUUUAUUUUAAAUGCAUCUUAUAAGGUAUAUCACAAUUAUGUUUCUGUUCUGAUACAAAACUGGAAAUGAUUAAUAUGAAAGUGUAACCAUUUAUGAUCACAUAGCGCUUACAUAAAUCUGGAACUUUUUAAUCGUUUGUCUGUUUUUAAAUAUUUUUUACAGUUUUUGACAUUAAUAUAAAUUACAUUUUAAAAUAA